AUGCAUCGCGCCGCCUCUGCGCCUGUCGUGCUCCCCGCGGGGAUGCGCGCGCGGGCCCUUCCCUGUCGCGCGCGGGUCGCGGCGCGCGCAUCGCGACCCGCGAGGAAAAGCCUCGGGACCGCCCAUCGCGGGCGCGUCCUCGAAACCACCGACGGCGACGCCGAGGCGUUCGAAGACCUCAUCGGCGCGUCCGAAGCUCGCGACGCGGACGCGCGCCGGGACGCUCUGUCCUCCCGCCUGUUCGCGCGCGCGCGGCGCGGCGCGGCGGCGGCGGCGGCGGCGGCGGCGGUGGCGGCGUGCGCGGGCGGUUUCGCGGCACCCCCGGCGGACGCCAUCACCGCCAACAACCUGCUGUUUUUGGAGGCGUGGCGCGCGGUGGACAAGGCGUACGUGGACAAGACGUUCAACGGCGUUUCGUGGUUCAAGUACCGCGAGGAGACGGUGAAGCGCACGCCCAUGGACUCCAUCGACCAGACCUACGACGCGAUCCGCGCGAUGCUCGCCAAGCUGGACGACCCGUUCACGCGAUUCCUCGAGCCGGAGAAGUACGCGUCGCUCUCGGAGAGCACCAUGAGCGCCAACAUCACCGGCGUCGGCGUGGAGAUGGCGUACGGCGAGAGCGACGCGGAGAUCGUGGUGGUCGCUCCGACACCGGGCGGGCCCGCGGACGAGGCGGGGGUGCGACCCGCGGACAGGAUCACCGCCGUGGACGGCCGACCCGUCGCGGGCCUCUCCCUGUACGAAGUCGCCGACGCGUUGCAGGGCCCGGCGUCGUCCGAGGUGGACGUCUCGCUCCGGCGCGGCGGCGAGGACGUCGCGGUUCGGAUCACGCGGCGGAGUUACGCGCUGGUGCCCGUGCGCGCGCAGCUCUGUUCCCCCGCGGCGGGCACCGGGACGAAGAUGGAGUACGUUCGGCUGACGACGUUCAACCAGCUCUCGGGCGCGAAAGUCGCGGAGGCGGUGAGAAGCGGUCUCGAGAACGGCGCCGACGCGUUCGUGCUGGAUCUGCGGUCCAACUCGGGCGGGUUGUUCCCGGGCGCGCUGGAGAUUGCGAACACGUUCAUGCGCAGGGGUGCCGGCAUCGUUUUGAUCGCCGACUCGGACGGCGUGAGGGACGUGUUCGAGACGGAUGGGGUCAAGACGCUCGCGCCGGAUGCGCCGCUGACGCUGCUGGUGGACAAGGGAACGGCGAGCGCGUCGGAGGUGCUCGCGGGGGCGCUGAGGGACAACAAGCGCGCCGCCAUCCUCGGCGACACCGCGACGUUCGGCAAGGGGCUCAUUCAGACCGUCGUGCCCCUCACCGACGGGAGCGCGGUGUCCGUGACGGUGGCGCGGUACCAGACCCCGUCUGGCGCGGACAUCAACAAGGUGGGGAUUCGCCCAGACGCGCCGUUGCCCGUGGUGAGUGGAGCUGACGGGCAGGAGUCCGCGUUGCCGACCGAGCCGGGGGCGUUUUGCGCCGUCGUCGCCGCGGACGAGGGCGUCGCGAAAGCGCUGUUUCCGCGAUGA